CCAAACGGAACAAGUGUUUGUUAUCCUCUCUGCCUCUGGACUGAACGACCAGAGAGGGAGAGGGAGAGGGAGAAACAGUCGAAUUGCUGUCUUAUUAUUAGUUUUGGACCUUGAAAUGCUGUAGAUUAGCUCUCUCAGUUUCAGUUCUCAGAGCUCGUGCUUCUUCUUCAAUGUCUAUCGGCGGCUUAAUUUCGAACCGGAAUUUCGGUUCUUUUGUCGGCUCAGGGAAAUUGUGCCAAAAAGAACAAGCCUUUUCAUGUCAAAGGGAAGGGCGUUCAGGCGUCAUUGUUGCACAAUAUACACAGGGGAGCGUAUUUCUCCAAAGAUUAACUAAUAGAAUGGCAAGUGGUUUUCUGCCUGCUCACUCAUAUGGCCGGCUAGUUUGUGCCACUCAUUCAAAUGAAAAAAGUUCGGAACUUAAAGUAGCUUCAAAUCAUAGAAGGGACAGCUCUUUUUCAAUGUCGCUGCACUUUAGACAAAAGGAACAGAGCAUGCAUCCUUGGCUAAGAAGCUUAGGUAGAUGUAAAUGUUGUCUACCAUCAGAUCCUUCGGCGGGCUUGCUUGGCACUAGAAGUAUGCGAUGGCGGCAGGCUGAACAUGUUAAGGUAAUUAAGAACCGUUGUUAUUAUAAGUCAGAGGAUUAUGACAUAACAGAAGCGAAUAUGGAGCCACUGAAACCUACAGAGGGGUCAAGUGAGGCUGUUUUAAUUGAUGGAAAUAUGCAAGGCAAAUUACCUUGGUGGGAGCGGUUUCCAAAGCGCUGGGUGAUUGUACUACUCUGUUUCAUGUCGUUUUUAUUGUGUAACAUGGAUCGUGUAAAUAUGAGUAUUGCAAUACUUCCAAUGUCGCAAGAGUUCAACUGGAACAGUGCAACAGUUGGUUUAAUCCAGUCCUCCUUCUUUUGGGGCUAUCUACUUACUCAGAUUCUUGGAGGCAUAUGGGCAGAUAAAUAUGGUGGGAAAGUAGUGUUGGGUUUUGGAGUAGUCUGGUGGUCUUUGGCUACAAUUUUGACACCCAUUGCUGCUAGGACUGGACUCCCCUUUUUGCUUACCAUGCGUGCCUUCAUGGGAAUCGGUGAGGGAGUUGCAAUGCCUGCCAUGAAUAACAUACUUUCCAGGUGGGUUCCGGUAUCGGAGAGAAGCAGAUCACUUGCACUAGUUUACAGUGGCAUGUAUCUUGGUUCUGUCACAGGAUUGGCUUUCUCUCCAAUUCUAAUCCAUCAAUUUGGUUGGCCAUCUGUCUUCUACUCCUUUGGAUCAUUGGGAAGCAUCUGGCUUGCUUUAUGGUUAAAAAAAGCAUAUAGCUCACCAAAGGAAGAUCCAGAGCUUAGUACAGAGGAGAGAAGGCUUAUUUUUGGUGGAAGCGUGUCAAAAGAGCCUGUUUCGGUCAUUCCUUGGAAGUUGAUAUUAUCAAAAGCACCUGUUUGGGCUCUCAUUAUUUCUCAUUUCUGCCAUAACUGGGGGACUUUUAUUCUCCUAACGUGGAUGCCAACAUACUACAAUCAGGUAUUGAAGUUCAACCUCACUGAAUCUGGACUGCUCUGUGUGUUGCCAUGGUUGACCAUGGCUGUUUGUGCAAAUAUUGGAGGAUGGAUUGCGGACACACUUGUGACCAAAGGUCUCUCUAUAACAACAGUUCGUAAGAUCAUGCAAUCGAUUGGGUUUCUAGGCCCUGCUUUUUUCCUAACACAGCUGAGAAAUGUCAGGACUCCUGCCCUAGCAGUGCUAUGCAUGGCAUGCAGCCAGGGAUGUGAUGCAUUCUCGCAAUCGGGCCUCUAUUCCAAUCACCAAGACAUUGGCCCACGUUACGCUGGAGUUCUGCUAGGACUAUCAAACACGGCGGGAGUACUUGCUGGAGUCUUUGGUACGGCUGCAACGGGAUACAUACUCCAAAGAGGUUCUUGGGAUGACGUGUUUAAGGUGGCGGUGGCACUUUACAUCUUUGGAACUUUAGUAUGGAACUUGUUUUCAACUGGGGAGAAAGUUCUUGACUGAAAAAAAAUGUUUAGGUGGUAGGACCAAGAUGGAGCAUGAGCUGGUGGAGGAAAAAGAAAGAAAGAAAAAUAAAAUAGAUGUAUGAGCUGCACAUGCAAGAGUAAAGACCUUGCUAAAUAACUAGAGGGUAAAGAUUGCCCCACCAAAGUUUUCUUACAACCUUUUGAAGCCCCUACUUUGUAAUUUGCAGCUGACCAGCGUUAAUAACUUUUUUCUUUUACUUCACUCAUCCAAACUUUUGGGAGAAAAAAGGGAGCUACAGCUACUAUUUUCCUGUUGUUUCUUUUGAGUUCCUAUUUCUGUUAGUUAUCCAAAAUAGCAUCCAUGAGAGUAACCAAAGUGCAUUUCAUUCACCACUGAGUGCAGACUUUGAAUCUAAACAGAUGAUAUAUCUACAUACUACAUUUGGUCC